AUGAACGAGCUGAACGUGUUGAACGUGUUGAACGUGUUAAACGUGCUUGUCGCCACCGGGCGCAUUACGACUGUUACGACCCAUCGUGCCUUCCUGUCGACGCCGCGCACCCCGCGAACAGCAGCUCGCACGCCCCACGCACCCCUUUCGCAUACGUCCACCAUCACCACGCUUGUCCAGAGCGGCCGAGCGUUUGCCACGACCGCCAGCCGCCCUUCCGUCAGCGCGCUCCUCGCAUCUCUCCAGGAGCUUGCGAAGCAGCACGGCGCCGACGACCAGACGCGGGCGACCAAGAAGCCGCCAACCAGCCCAAGGCAGCGCGAGAGGCCCGUCUUUGGCAGAAAGACGCUGCGUGCUCUGAGUGGGAGCGACCGCAAGCAGGCCCCGAGAGAACGCAUUGUCCUCCUGGAUCACGAACACGGCGGCAACUUGAGCAGGGACCACCAGCACCAGCACCAGCACCAGCACCAACUCGAUCACACGCGACCCCACGACGGCAGACUGGCCGCCGGCGGCAUGUCGUCGAGCAUCGAAUUCAUCACCACGCCCACGGCCGACACGCCCGGCACCACGCUCAUCCUGCGCACCCAGACCCACAAGCACUAUGUCUUCGGCAGCCAGGCCGAGGGCAUCCAGCGCGCCCUCGUGCAGCAGGGCACCCGCCUGCUCAAGGUCCAGGACUUCUUCCUCACAGGCAAGACCGAAUGGUCCAACGUCGGCGGCAUGGCCGGCAUGAUGCUGACCAUGACCGACUCCACCUCGACUUCGUACGCCCAGGCCCUGGCCACGUGGGAGAAGGCACAGGGCCGCGGCAGGAUAGGCGACCCGCCCGUGAAGCCCCACUUCAACAUCUACGGGCCCCCGAACCUCAAGCACAUGCUCGGCACCUGCCGCCGCUUCAUCUUUAGAAAGGGCGUGCCCAUCAUCGCGACCGAGUACACGGACAGGACCUCGCCCAAGCGCACUGACGGCACCCACCUGCCCGCAUACGAGGACGGCUUCCUGCAGGUCUGGGCGCUGCCUGUCACGCCUCGACCCAAAGAGACAGACGCACAGGCAGAGGCCAAGGCCGAGGCCGAGCUGGAGCACGAAAUUCGACGUUGGGAACUCAGCGGCAACACCUUUGAGGACCACCAAGCGCCCGGCAACGAGAGCCCUGAGGACCGCCACGCACGCCACGACCGUAUUCGAACCUUGACUGUCAAGCACAUGUUCGACUCGAGCUGGAGCUUCGACACGCUUGUCGAGCGUCACAUCUCCGAAGUAGAAAUGCCCGCCGCCAUGUUUGUGCGCAAUCCAGACGCUCACGGCUACCGACCCUACACAGGCCCCAAGCCAGGCGGCGCAGAGCCGCUGCCCGACGUCACGGUGUGGACCCGUACUCCCUGGCCCGGAGCCAAAAUCAUGUCUCUGCCCCCAACAAAGCCCGCGCCCGAAAGCAUCUCGUACAUUGUACGCACCUAUCCCGCCCGCGGUUCCUUCGAUGUAAAACGCGCCAAAGAGCUGGGCGUCAAGCCCGGGCCGGAUUUUGGAAAGCUUAGCAACGGCCAAUCUGUGCAGAACGCCAACGGAGACACCAUCACCCCAGAUCAGGUGCUUGGACCAGAUAGGCCUGGUCAAGGCUUUGCACUCUUGGACAUACCUUCCAUUGACUAUCUCGAGGCUGUCGUUCAGCGCGACGAGUUCCAGUCGGCCAACUUGAUGAAAGGCAUUGAAGCCUUCAUCUGGACGCUUGGUCCGGGCGUGGCUGGACACGCCGUCCUGAACGAGUUCAUAGCCAAGUUUGACAAGAUCAAGCACAUCAUCUCAUCGGCAGACAUAUCGCCCAAUCGUGUAGCAUUUGAUUCUGUAGCUGCCCAAACAACACGACUAGCCCAGGUCGACCCUACUAGAUAUCGCACCCCACAAUACGACCUCAGGAGCCUUCCCCAGAAGACACUCUCGGAAAAUGUCCCUAUUCAACAGUCAGUCAACCUGACCAAGGGCAUUGUUGUCGCCGAUCGAGGGCUCACUGCCACACUGAUGCCAAAAUUCGAGCUCAAGACUGACACACCGCCAGCAUACUUCGAUCCGGAAUCGGUCAAAAAAGAGACGGCGCCUGAAGUCCUCGAGCUGGCUGUGGCUGCGCAAAAGGCCGUGCGGGAUUGCCAGAACCACUAUGAACCGUGGCGAGCCCUUCUGGCCCACCCUGAUACCGAAAUCACCACACUUGGCACAGGCUCAGCACUCCCGUCAAAGUACCGUAACGUAUCUGCUACACUCGUCCGCGUUCCAGGCGUGGGCAACUACCUCUUCGACGCUGGCGAAAAUACCAUGGGCCAGUUGCAAAGAGUGUUUCCCCCUGAUGAGCUUGUUCAAAUCCUGAAAGAGUUGCGCGUCAUUUGGAUCUCACAUCUGCAUGCAGACCACCACCUUGGCACCGCUUCCGUGAUUCGAGCAUGGUACCAUAUCAAGCACAACAACGUACCCAAUACCUUGCUUCCCGUCGCCGCCACCGCCGCAAGCGACUUUAACAAGUUUGGCCUUGCUGUGAUCUCUCACGAUGGUAUGCUCCAAUGGCUGCGAGAGUACGCCUCUGUUGAAGACUUCGGAUACUCUCGUAUCCUUCCGCUUGAGAUUUCUCCAGUCACAGUCGGUGUUGGCGGCUCCUUGCUUUCUAUAAAGGGCAUAGAUAAACUGGGAGAACUUAGGAUCGCCAAACAGGACUACGCGCCACUUUUUGGGUUUGCCGAUAUCCAAUCUGUAAAGGUGGCACACUGUCACGGCGCUAUGGCUGUUAGCAUCACCUUCCCUCGAUCUUCCCUGGAGCCCAACGUCAAGCCUCUCAAGGUUUCCUAUUCGGGGGAUUGCCGCCCGUCCCAGCCUUUCUCGAAAAUCGGCCGUGACACGACUGUGCUUAUCCACGAAGCCACAUUUGACGAUGAACUUGAAGGCGACGCAAGAGCGAAGAAACACUCCACCACCUCUGAAGCCCUCGGCAUCGGUGCAAGCAUGAACGCCAAGGCUGUCGUUCUGACCCAUUUCUCCCAGCGUUACCAGAAGAUUCCUGUUCUUCAGCCUGUUCAAGACGGCGAAGCCUCAUCCACCGAGAAGGAUACAAGCGCAGCGACGAUUGAGGAUGUUGACGACAUAGACCCAAGCGUCGACACUACCUUGCAGAAUCCCGACAUCCGGCCUCCUCCCUCUGGGAGCGCUGUACCUCAACCGCCGAAGCUUGUCAAGCAGUCAACUUCACUACUGGAUAACGAGCGCGUGAUCAAGCUCAAGAACAAGGACAUGAAGGUUGCUAUUGCCUUUGACUACAUGAGGGUCAAGUUGCAGGACAUCAUUGAGCUGGAGAAGUACAACGAAGCACUCAACGAGCUUUUGGUCAAAGAGGUCGAAGAAGAGCUCGGGGAAAGAAAAGAGAUCAACACCAAUGGCAAGAGAAAUAGCGAAGACGAGCAGGGCAGGGAAACAAGCAAGAAGCAGAAGAAUAAGGAGAAGCAUGGUAAAAAGAGCAACAAAGACCCUAGCUAA